UGUGUAUAGGUGGUCAGAUUCUGACACACACAAACCCACACACGCUCUCUCUCUCUCUCUCUCUGCUCUCUGCGCAUCUACCUAAUGAUGCAGUGAGGCUUACUUGGCUUGGCAUCAAUCGAACCAUCUUCUCAGUUUACCAUUCCCCUCUGUUUUCUGCUUACUUCAGCACCAUCCAUGUUCGGUCUGGAGCUGGACGCUGCUCGAUGAUCAUUUGUUCCCUCUCCUCAUCUUCUUCUUCCAUAUAGUUCCUCUUUUUAUCAAACCCCCUUCUGGAUUCUUGGUGGGUAAUGAAUGCUCCGUCGCCUUUCGGUUAGGCGCGUGUGAAACCAUAUAAUGCUUCCCCCCAAUCUUGCCGCUCUUCCCAUUUUCAGCUUCGGAGGUUCUGCCCUGCGCAAUCUCUGUGAUUUCCCCUGCCCAUCACAGGAACCAGUGGUCCUUCUCUAGCUUCAUUUCAUCUUUCUCUCUUCUGGGUCGGUCACAAUAAAUUCAUUCCUGUUUGGUUCUUGCAUUUAUUUACUGCCUUUCACGUUGUUCAAGACAGUCAUUUGAGUUUCUGCUCGAAAUUUCAUUCAUCGACGCCCUUUUUUGGGGUACCCUCCGUUAAUCAGACAAAGAUUAAUGCGUUAAUCAGAUUUCUCGCUCAUUUCAUUCUGACAGUGAAGAAAAAAAUCUGAUCUUUGAAUCUGGGUGAUGCUGAAGAUGUUAGUCCUGCUAGAUCUCCUGAUUUUGCAAGCAGAAUCUUGAAUGUUUCUUUCUCUGGGGUUUUUCACAGAGUGAUGCUCACAGUCACUGAAGCAACCAAAAAAUGGCGAAUCUCGUUCCUGGGGUCCUCCUUAAGCUUCUACAGCACAUGAACACCGACGUGAAAGUUGGGGGCGAGCACAGAUCAUCUCUGCUGCAAGUGGUGAGCAUAGUCCCUGCACUUGCUGGCGGUGAGUUGUUCCCAAACCAAGGCUUUUACCUCAAGGUCUCUGAUUCAUCUCACGCCACGUAUGUGUCCCUCCCUGAUGAGCACGAUGACCUUAUUCUUAGUGAUAAGAUCCAAUUGGGUCAGUUUAUUCAUGUGGAGAGGCUUGAACCUGCCUCACCUGUCCCCAUUGUGAAAGGGGUUAGGCCAGUUCCCGGUCGGCACCCAUGUGUGGGUAAUCCUGAGGAUAUUGUGGCAACUCAUUCUCCUGGGUUUCUUAAUGGCAAUGGCUCUUCCAGUUCAAAAAAUGGGGAGAGGGAGAAACCUUCUGCGGAUUCGAAAGUUCUGAGUGCUAGUAAAAAUGCAACCAGCGAGAAGGGCAAAAUGUCGCCCCUUAGGUUGAGUGUAGGGUCCAGAGAUGAGCAAUCGGAUAAGAAAUCCUUGGCGUUCAGUAGAUCAAAGGCUCAGUUAAUGAAACCGGGGUUGACAGUUGAGGUGAAGAAGGAAUCUCUGACAAGGAUGAAGUCAUUGAAUUCGCGGUCGAUUCCUGACUCUCCAUCAAGCUGUUACUCAUUGCCUACUUCUUUCGAGAAAUUUGCGAAUGGGAUGAAGCAGCAGACUGAGAUAAAGGGUUUGAAGAAGGUGACUGCAAAGUUGGGGUCAGUGGAGAAGGCAAGUUCAGUUCGGAGUGAGAGUCCAGUUAGGAAGAAGUUGCCUCGAGGAAGCCACAUCAAGGAUUUGCUCCAAGGGAUUGAGUAUGGGGCCAAGGCAUUAAGGAAGAGCUGGGAAGGUAACACUGAGUUGAAGAGCAAAGACAAGUCGAAACUGACUGCCCCCAAGUAUGAUCUUAGGCCUGAUUCUCGGAGUGUCUCUGCUCCACGUAAAAGUACUUCAAGCGAGAGACUACCAUCAAAAGAGGAAAAUAAAGUGGUGCCUGCAAGGUCGUCUAAAGAGGUGAACACUGUUCACACGUCAGCAAAAAAUGUUUCUGGAAGUGGUAUUGGAUUAACAGAUGAUCAUGGAAAAUCUCUUAAGCAAAGACCAAUAGUGAGGAAAUCAUUGACAGAAUCGAAUAACGGAUUACCAGGCAACUUUGUCAGGGUUUCUUUGAAUAGCAGGAGACUGAUAGAUGGAAAUGUUGCAUGGGGUUCACUUCCAUCUUCUCUUGCGAAGCUUGGGAAGGAGGUAAUGAAGCAUAGGGAUGGUGCACAAAUAGCAGCAAUAGAGGCUAUGCAGGAGGCUUCUGCUGCUGAGAGCUUACUUCGAUGCUUAAGCCUAUACACGGAGCUGACAACAAGUGCAAAAGAAGAUAAUCCACAACCUACGGUGGAGCAGUUCUUGACGCUCCAUGCGAACCUAAACAAUGCUCGCACCAUUGCUGAUUCUCUUGCCAAGACCAUCACGAUGGGAUCAUCAUCUCCCACUAGUGAAGAGACGCCACCAGAAGAGGCCCUGAAGACAACAGCAGAGAAGCGAAAGCUUGCAGCUUCAUGGGUACAAGCAGCUUUAGGCACAGAUCUUUCGUCGUUCAGUGUAUAUACUCAAGAACCUAUCUUGAGUUUAGGUCCGAAUCCUUCUCAAACCCAAAAGGGUGUUUCUGGAAACCGACAACCUGUCGUACUCCUAGGAAGCUCGGGAAAGAACGAUGCCGCCACCAAAACACCGGCCAAGACCCGUGCAAAGCUGGCAGGACCUGCAACUCCACGGCGGGGUGGGGACGCUGCUUCCAAUGGCCCGAAAUUGCCAGCUCUGCCUUUAUUGGAAUGGGAAAGAGGGAACGGCCUCGAUGAGACAGUUGACUUGGCCGAGGUGCUGAAGGUGGAGUCGAGAGAUUGGUUUCUGGGGUUCGUGGAGAGAUUCUUGGAUGCCGACGUGGACACAUCGGUUCUGUCUGAUAAUGGUCAGAUAGCGGGGAUGCUGAGUCAGCUCAAGAGUGUCAAUGACUGGUUGGAUGAGAUCGGCUCCACCAAAACAGAUGAAGGGGAAGCACAGACGCCGGGCGUCUCUGGCGAGGUAGUCGAUAGGUUGAGAAAGAAGAUCUACGAGUACCUCCUAACGCACGUCGAAUCAGCUGCCGCCGCUCUUGGGAACGGGCUCACCCAGCCUUCCCCUCCCGCCCCUACCGCCUCUACAGUGGAGCCAAAGCCGAGACGGUAAUGAGGGUCAGUUCCUUAGUCUGUAGCGUCCUGUUAUGUGUACAUACGGUCCAACAUUUGUAAGGAGGUAUAGAUGGGGCAGCAGCCGCUGACCACGGUCGAUUGUCAAAUUGUGAAGGUUUUAGAGUCAACACUGGUUUGGUGCAUCUAUUUUCGUUCUUCUUACACCAGGAAGAAUGAGGCGGGCUUGUUUAAUUCGAUGGGAGCAAGAUGAAGGAUAUAUUUUGUAUACUGAAAUCAUACAGACCAGAGGGCUUGGGGGAGAUGAUGAUGUAUUGUUUGACAGGAAUGAGUCAAUGUUCUUCUCCCCGAUGAAUGUUUUCAUCGCAUUUUUAUCG